AUGGCCUUUGCUCUCGCCCGUGCUGCCUCAUCCCGCGCUUCCCACUGGAGCGUCAAGUCGUUCCACUCGUCCAGCACUAGCUUGCAUGGCGUCAAGCACGUCGGUAUCCUCGGAGCCGGUCAGAUGGGUUUGGGAAUUGCUUUGGUUGCUGCCAACGUCGCCAAGCUCCCCGUCUUGUUGCUCGACACUAACGAGGCUCAGCUCAACAAGGGCAUGAAGUUCAUGGACUCGUUGUUAAAGAAGGAUAUUGCCAAGGGCCGCUUGACCGAGGCUCAGGCCGAGGAGACCAGAUCGCGCGUUAAGACGACCCAGAACAUGGCCGAUUUCGCCAACGUCGACUUCGUGAUCGAGGCUGUCUCCGAGAACCCCCUCCUCAAGGCCAACCUCUUCCGUGACCUCGCCCAGGCUACCCCUAAGCACGCCAUCCUCGCCUCCAACACCUCGAGCAUCAGCAUCACCAAGAUUGCGGCCGCUGCCAAGGGUCGUGAGGAGCAGGUGAUCGGAAUGCAUUUCAUGAACCCCGUCCCUGUCAUGAAGCUGGUCGAGAUCAUCCCUGGUUUGGCUACCUCGAACGAAGUCUUGAGGACUACCAAGGAUUUGGCAGUUGCUAUGGGCAAAACCUGCACCGUCUCCCAGGAUGUCCCCGGUUUUGUUGCUAACCGUCUCUUGAUGCCCUACAUCAACGAGGCUAUCAUCGCCUACGAGACCGGCAUUGCCAGCAAGGAGGAUAUCGAUACCACCAUGAAGCUCGGAACCAACAUGCCCAUGGGCCCCUUGACCUUGGCCGAUUUCAUUGGUUUGGAUACUUGCUUGGCCAUCAUGAAGGUUCUCCACGAGCAGUUGGGUGACACUAAGUACCGCCCCAGUGUCUUGUUGAACAAGAUGGUCGAUGCCGGUUGGGUCGGCAAGAAGUCUGGACGCGGUUUCUACGUCUACUAA